AUACUCUCCGCCUCGGUCAAUGCCAUAUUGCCAUGUCGCUAUUUAGUGUAGGUAGUGAGUCAGAACAACGCUGGACGCAAAUCGGUCGUGUAAUCAUUCUCGAUAUUACCGGUCCCCCAGUGUAGGUGAAGUAAAAUGUCCAAUCCGUUGCUGGUGGUUCCCGCGUACGUUCGCAGUAAGUUGGAGGAAAUCGCUUGGGAGCAUAGCUUCGUUGGAGGAACGUACGAGAUUUGCUUGGAGCCCGGUUCGAAAGUUGGCGAUGGAUUUAUCGGACAGAUGGUACGUGCCACGAUCCGUGGCGACCGUCUGGUGGACGGAGACAGGUUGUUACGCGACCAGGUGAUGAGGUUGAUCUGCAAGGUGCCUCUGGAGGAUCCGAUACAGCGGGAAAAAUUCAACUCGAUGCUGUUGUUUGAAAGAGAAGUUCUGGUGUAUAAUGAAGUUCUGCCGGAGUUUGAACGCCUUCAGUUGGCCAAGGGGCUGUGGCGUGGGGACGACGUGGGAUUCUGGAACUUCCCCCGGUGCUACUGGGCUUCGUUUGAUGCGGAACAAGGUGAAUCGAUGCUGAUCAUGGAGGAUCUGGUGGAGCGAGGGUUGGAACUCAAGGAUAAGUAUGUGCUGGUGGAUUAUGAUCACGUGAAGGUUCUUAUGGUGGCCCUGGGCAAGAUGAAUGCCUGUUCGUUUGCGCUUAGGGAACAGAAACCGGAAGUGUUCGAGAAAAUCAAACGUUUGGACGAUUUGCUGAGCGUUAUCAUGAUGACGGAGCAGACCAAACCGUUAUCCCGGAGAAACUGUGAUCUGGCUGCAUCGAUCUUUAACGAAGAAGACAUGAAGGAAAAACGCUGGAAGAACAACUUCUCGUCGCUGAAAGAUUGCAUUUGGGAGAAAACACAAAAGUUGAUGGCCAGUCAAAAGGUCGAACCUUACGGCGCAUUCAAUCAUGGAGAUUGUUGGACCAACAACGUUAUGUUCGGAUAUGACAAGGCCACCAAUAGCGUCCAAGAAAUAGUUCUCCUGGAUUGGCAAAUGGCUCGAUAUGGUUCACCGAUCAUGGAUUUACUAUCGUUCCUCUACCUUUGCGGUGAAAUUGACUUACGGAGAGAGCAUUUCAACGAUCUCCUGCAAACCUUCUACAACGCAUUCGCCACAACUUUCCGGGCGUUGGGUGGCCAACCGGAGAAAUCCUUCCCCUUCGAAGCGAUCCACGCGCAAAUGAAACUCUUCGGGGCUCAGGUCGUGACGAUGUCUACCUUUGCCUUUCCCAUCUUGUCGAAACUGCCGGAUGAGUUUUUCCGAAAGAACGCGGAUCGGACCAAGGAGGAGUUUCAACCGCAAUUUUGCCGGUACCAACAACUGAUGAAGGACAUUUGCCGCGAUUCGGAGCAUUUCGAAGAUUUGGAAUAGUAGGGAUAAGUAGAACGCAAUGACCAAAUAACGAUUUGAAGUUAAGGAAAAAGUAUAUAAAAAGUUUAUAAAUGAAGAAAAUUAGACCUGAGUACUUAGAAACGCAUAAAAAGUAAAACCA